AUGGCACCUUUAGGUUCCAUUAUAUUUGCACUAUUUUCUUUGCCUUUCUUAGUUGCCUCUCACAACCAAACAUUAUCUGAGGAGAACAAUCAAUUCCAUGAAUGCCUACUCCAUGAAGCUAAUAUAUCUCCCAAGCAGCUAGACUCGGUCCUCUACAACAAAUCCUCACCAUCCUAUCUGCCUAUUUUCGAAUCAAAACUUAGAAACCAAAGAUUCAAUUCCUCCAACGUAUCAAAGCCUCGUUAUAUAAUUACACCCUACAAUCCUAACCAUAUAAUAGGGGCAGUUAAAUGUUCCAAAAGAUUUAAUCUCGAUUUACGAGUUAGAAGUGGGGGCCAUGACUACGAAGGCCUAUCGUAUUGGGACGGUAGAGGAACAUUCGUCCUUCUUGAUCUUGAACAAUACAGAAAAAUUGAUGUUAACGUAACAGAUGAGACAGCAUGGGUUCAAGCCGGCGCAGCAUUAGGCGAGGUAUACUACAACAUUGCAAAUAAAAGUGGGACGCUAGCUUUUCCAUCCGGAUUGUGUCGCGGUGUAGGGGUAGGAGGCCAUAUAAGUGGAGGUGGACAGGGUACCUUGAUGAGAAAAUAUGGUCUAGCAGCAGACAACGUUAUAGAUGCAUAUAUAGUCAAUGCAAAUGGGACACUUCUCGACAGGAAAGGCAUGGGGGAGGAUGUUUUUUGGGCGAUACGAGGAGGAGGGGCUGGAAGUUUUGGCGUCCUUGUCGCGUGGAAACUCAAAUUAGUCCAUGUUCCUCCUAAAGUGACCGUUUUUACAGUUCAAAGAUCCUUAGAACAAGGUGCGACAAAGCUCAUCCAAAAGUGGCAGAAACUAGAAAACCAGUUGCCUAGAGAUCUUUUCCUAAGAAUACUCAUUUUAAUGGGACAGAAUGAAAAAGGGAUGCCCACAAUUGAAGCUAAUUUUGAGUCCGCAUAUCAAGGCCCAAUCGACCAACUCAUACCAAUAAUGAAAAAGCAUUUCCCACAACUAAAAUUGAAACCCGAAGAUUGCAGAGAACUCACCUGGAUUGAAUCAGCACUAUAUUUCGAUGACGGCUACAAAAGGAACGAAUCUGUUCCUGAUUUAUUGAACAGGCAUCUUAAUCUUAGACCCAAGUUCUUCAAAGCUAAAUCAGAUUUUGUGACAAAACCCAUAUCGAAAAAAGGCCUAAAGAAAAUCUGGGAAGCAUUUAUGCAGGAAGGAGGUGGACAAAGGCUUAUGAUUUUGGUACCUUAUGGUGGAAUAUUAAGUGAAAUUCCAGAAAAUAAAACCCCAUUUCCUUAUAGAGCUGGGACUUUGUUUAACAUACUAUACUACACAAAUUGGAAUAUAACUGGGGAUCAGGCGAUGAAAAAUAGUCUUGAAUGGAUUAACAGGCUUUAUAAUGUUGCCGGAAAUUAUCUUCCCAAGCCAAGAGCUGGUUAUUUGAACUACAGGGAUUUGGAUUUGGGGAUGGAUAUGAGUGGAAAUGCAACUUAUUCACAAGCCGCUGAUACUUGGGGUCGUAAGUAUUUCAAAGAUAAUUUCAAGAAAUUGGCAGAGGUGAAAUUUCAGUUUGAUCCUGAGAAUUUCUUCAGGAAUGAACAGAGUAUUCCACCACUGUAUCCGCAGUAA